UUGUACAACAGGGAGAAUUUGGAGAAUAUAGAAAAAAUUAAAUGUCUGAGGCAUCCUUCGUAAGGCUUAGCCCGAUGCCGAUGUGUAGAAAUUUUUAUAUUAUUUAACUGAUUUAUUACUUGUGGUGAUAAAUAAUAGUGCAUCCAAUUCUACACGAUGCCGGGGCGUGCCGUGAGUAAAUGUGGCAGAAAAUAUCUACGUGAUGGAGGUGACAAAUAAACUUCUGGCAGCGAUAGCUCUGUGCCUAGUUGUAAGAACUUCUGUCACAGGAGGUUACAGAAUACUGGGUGUGUUCCCACACACAGCUAAGAGUCACUUUAUAAUGAGUGGAACCAUCAUGAGGGAACUGGCGACGAGAGGACACGAAGUAGUUGUCAUUAGCCCCUUCCCCGAGAAAAACCCUCCGAAAAACUACAGAGACAUAACUUACGUGGAUCCGAGUAACACCAUAGUCGAUUCCUUUACGCUCGAUAUGGUCGGUGGGGCCAGAAUUGUUGAAACACUGUAUGUGCUCUACUCGCUGGGUGUGGAAACCUGCGAAGCCACGUACUCGUCGCAGAAGGUGCAGGAGCUUCUCAAGUCCGACGAGAAGUUCGACCUCGUCAUGGUGGAGAUAUUCAACACGGAGUGCUUCCUCCCGUUUGCGCACAGGUUCAACGCCUCCUUGGUCGGCAUCAGCUCUUCGGUGUUGAUGCCGUGGGCCAACGAGAGGUUCGGCAACCCGGACGAUCCGUCGUACAUCCCGGUGCACUUCACCGGCUACACAGACAGGAUGACCUUCUCGGAACGCCUGGCGAACACGCUCAUUCUGUCCGCUGUGAAGGUCGCGUACGACUACGUGUUCAACUACAAGGCUAAUCAGAUAGUCCGGAAAUAUUUCGGCGAGAUGGUUCCGACGGUUGAAGAAAUGGCCAGCAAAAUGAGUUUGCUCCUCGUCAACUCGCAUUUCGCCUUGCACCAGCCCAGACCACUCGUCCCGGCCGUCGUGGAAGUGGGUGGCAUUCACAUGAAGGAACCAAAAGCCAUGCCAAAGGAAUUUGAACAGUUCCUGAACGAGUCCGAACAUGGAGUGAUUUACUUCAGCCUAGGAUCUACAGUUCGCUCCGAUUCUUUUCCUGAACCGAUGCGACAGGCCUUCCUGGAGGCUUUCUCCCAUUUGCCUCAGCGUGUAUUGUGGAAGUGGGAGUCUGGGUCCAUGCCCGGUCAGCCAAGCAAUGUGAAGAUCGCCAAGUGGAUGCCGCAAUUGGAAAUUCUGAGUCAUCCCAAUGUUAAGGCAUUUAUUACCCAUGGUGGACUGAUGGGUACGAUGGAGGCUGCUUAUUUUGGAGUUCCGAUGAUUGUCAUACCACUGUUUGGAGACCAGUAUCUGAAUGCACAAUCAUAUGUUCAGAAGGGCAUAGCAGUGCAACUUGAUUAUGGCACUAUUGACAAGAAGACAGUUUCUGCUGCACUGAGGGCUGUUUUGCAAGAACCUAGCUACGCCGAGAACGCCAGGCGCGUGUCGAAAGCGCUCCGGGACGCGCCACUGUCUCCCGUAGACACGGCGGUCUACUGGACCGAGUACGUGGCGAAGCACGGCGGGGCGCCGCACCUGCGCUGCGCGGCCGCCGACCUGCCGUGGUACCAGCUCAAGCUUCUGGAUGUCUUCGCGGUGCUUCUCCUGGGCGCCGUGCUGCUGGGGCUGCUCAUCAGGGCCGCCGCGCGCAGGCUGUUCUCUGGUGCCAAGAGGCAGGAGGCCUCCAACAAGGGGAGGAAGAGCAAGACGUCGUGAGAACUUCAGUGUGCGCGUGCUUACGUACAGAAAAACACCGUUCAAGCCCAUUGGAUAGUUACUGAAGUUGUCCUGUAAAUGGGAGUUAAUGUUUUAAUGAUGUGGUUAAGGGGUGUGAUUUGUACACGAAAUAAACAACAACAGAUCAUUUUAUAAGGAAAAAAAAACACUACCUGACUUUUUCCUAACUAGUUUAUCGGGUGCCGGAUCAAUAAAAGGGGAAGGGGGAAUGGGAAAAUUUGAGUUUUCAAACUAAGAUGAACUGUAAUAUUUUUGCCCCCUUGUAAACAAGGAGUACAAGAUACACCUUGCUUUUGUUCCGGUGCUAAUUUGUGUGUUAUGUUUGAAAAGUCCCGGGCUGUACACAGGGUUAAGGGGACCUUUUUCGAAAUCAGAUGUCAGUAAUUGUCUUCUCAAUUUGAAUGUCAAGUGUGUAAAAUAAUUUAUAUCACUUUCAGAUCCCAGCAGACAUUGUUCUGCCAGUGUAUAGUUAUUUAUCUCUAUAAAUCUAAAAAUUAUAUUGUCUGAAUGUAAUCUAUAAUCUAUAAAACACUAUAGAAAAAAGCUGAAAAAUAAAAGAUUACUAACAUUGAUAAGAUUCCAUUAUCUAGUUAAUGCUCGGCAUGCGAAGCAAUGCAUUAUUCAGUUUUUUUUGUAAUAUGUUUGAAAUAUUUACACAUAUACAAAUCAUCUAUCCAUCGCUCUAAACAUAUAUAUUUAUCUCUUUAUACAUCUAUACCUCCCAUUAUUUCUAUCUCUUCUAUAUACCAAUCUGUAUAUAGAUUAUACAUCUAUAUAUCUCUUUAUCUAACUCCAUUUCAUUCUCUAUACCUCGCUUUAUUUCAACCUCUCUCUCUCUCUCUAUCUCUCACUCUAUCUCUGCCUCUCUUUUGUAUUUAAUUAAAUUGUGUCUUGCAUGCGCACUUAUACAACGAAAACAGACGAAGUGCCGCUAUAUAAUAUGAAAUAAUAAAUUUGAAUUUAACAAAUUUAUUUGUGCACUUUACACUUUUUCGUAGGCACAAAACUUCGAUUUCUUCGUUUUCUUUCAUUUUCAAAAUUUGUCCUAUAUGGUUUUAUACUAAUCUUUACUAAUAUGCAUAAGUGUAUUGUCUAGGUUUAAACCAUAAUUUAAGCACGUUUUUGAAGAAAGGUGCUUUGAUAAGAGCAUCGUUGUCUUACAUAUCAAGCAAGCAUCAUUUCAAAAUCUAUAUUAGUUAAUAAGUUACAAGCAAAAUGAAAAUAGCAUUGAAUCUUAUGAGGUUAACGCGUGUUGCGUAGUGCCCCUGAAACACUGGAGUGGCCUCUUAAUGCUUUUUCCUUGGCCUUCGGCAAGUUUUUUUAAAUUCUUUUUCCUUCUUUUCUUCGAGUCUUUCUUUUCUUUUUUCUUCUUUCUGUAUUUUUUCUUCCUCUUUAUUUUUCCAGUACUCUACCCAAGCUCCAGCACCAAUUGCAUCCGGAAGUUUGAUUUUUUCCCCUACUUUUUUGUUCUUUUUUACUGGAGAUUGAGUUGGCCAAAAAACAGUCAGCGAAGGCAGGGCUAACUCCCAUCUUAAUAGUCCUUCCAACAGUUGGUGAAAUGCAUGGCAUCUCUGGCUCACCAGAGACUUUUGAACUAUUUUCUUCUUGCCUUUGUAGGUUAUUUUUUUGUGUUGGUUGUUGGCCAGUUUCUAUUGGUUCCUCAUUAUAUAUCACAGAAGGUUGAAUGCAUGAAGAUGUCACUGGAUUAGCUGGUUGUUGGAAUAGGAGAGUCACUUGAAGGUGAAAAUGCAGCUGUCUUAUCUUGGCUCAAAAUGUGGGUUUUGAUUUUUUUCCAGACAUCAAAAAGUUCCUUAGCUGGCUCAUCUCCACUCCACUGUUCACCACUGCUGCGGAACUGAUUAACCCGCGAAGAAGGGAACAUUGACUCAAUAAACAAUAAAUGUUAAGUCUUAAAAUGGCAUGGCUUGUCAAUAACUCUACUAACAUGGCUCAAACAUUUAGUGUAAUCAAUACUUUCUUUGUCAAAUGGAUAUAUUCCACACUUUCUGAAAAGCCAUUCUUCAAUACAUCUUCAUUUGCUGCUUGCAAAGCAUUUUCAAUUAAUGGUGCAAAAUUUGCACGUGUGACACUUCUAGCCCCAGUCCUUUUUAGCCAAUCUGAAACAGUCUUUUUCCAAGAUACUUUUAUGGGUCGAAAAACUGACACAUCCGCUGGUUGCAAGAUAUGGGUUGCAUUUGGAAGUAAUGAAUAUAAGAUAAUAUCAUUCUUCAUACAGAACAUUGCAACCUCAAAGCUAAUAUGAGAUCUAUGUCCGUCAACUAAAUAUAGUAGGUACUGGGAAUGUUGUAUUGAUUUAUUUUAGGAAAGGCAACAAAUUAUUUGCAACAUAACCAAAAAAACCUUGAGCAGUCAUCCAUCCACUUUUAGAUCGGCCUAGUGACCAUUCAGGAUUAACAUUCCGACUUAUUUCUGCUGGUAUCCUUUCAUAAGGAUACACAAUACAAGGAGGUGCCAUUUUCCCACUUGCAGUGAAUGUUACCAUUACAGUGAUACAUUCUUUAUCACUGCCUCGGACGUCGGACCUCAUACAAAUCUUUAAGCCCUUUAGGCCCUAUUACCAACGAGGUAACUGGAUUGGUUUGGAAACCAGACUCAUCUCCAUUGAUAAUCCUAAAAGGAUCUUUCAGCAAAUUGUCAUUUCCUGUUUCAUCUAUUAUGUAUUUGUGUAGAUUGUCAUGCCACUCUCUAAUAGCAUGUUCAGUCACAAAUGAUCUCGCAACACCAAGAGCUUCAGGUUUACGCAGUGAAACAUCCGGAUGAUGCUUAAAGAAAAUAUCUAGCCACUUUCUACCAGGUCUUCCUUCAGUAAAUGGACUUGGCCUUCCAUCUUUUUUUAUUAUUUCUUCGACAGAAUCCAGCAACUGUCUUGGUUCGACUGGCAUACCUUUUUUUGGCCAUAGCCUUCAACCAAAGAAUUAGGAGAUAUUUUCCCUGCAAAACAAUGAAAAAUAUCAUCUUUGCUAUAAGCUAUAUAUAGGCAUUAAAACAAUUAUAGGAUUAUAGGAUAGGGUGUACAAUAAAUGGAAGGAUGUAUAGAAUGUUAAGAUAUGUUAAAUAGGUAUGUAUGUAUAUAUAUAUACAUACACACACACACACACACAAUCAUAUGUUAAACAAGAUUAUUAUUAUUAUAAAUCUUCAAACAAAAAAGUAGUCCUAGCCAACCUCUGAAAUACCCGACUAUUAAGGCCUAUGUAAAAAAAAAAGUAUCUGAAACUGAACUCUGAUCUUUAUCAGUUAGGCCUCGGUAUCAUCAUUGUAUCCAAAGUUUGAAUAAUUGUGACCUUUUAAAAGUUUUAAAAUAUAAAGAAACGGUAUGCUUACUUCAGGAAUUAAAAUUGUUUGGGGACCCUUUAUGGCAUCCAAAGAGCUUUUUCCUUUUAAUUUGUCCAUUAAAGUUGCAUGGGGAAUAUUGUAUUUCCUUUCUGUUUCUCGUAUGGCUCCAUUACGAACUUCAUCAAUAGCAUUAAUUAAUUCUUCCUUAGAAUAUAUUUUUGCCAUCUGAAACAAUCUCAUCAUUGCACGAAUUUGCGACCAGCAUUUUGCUCCAGUAACCGACCAAUGGUUUGAUACUGGAAGAUAAUUAUAUUUAAGAGGGAAAAUGAGAGACUUAUGUGAUUAACACGAAUGCCAGCCAACUAAACAAAGAGACAACAAAAAAUAAUACUACCCAAUAUCCGACCAUUUGGUCGUGUAUUGGAUAUUAGGUUGAAAAGAUGUGCCACUAAUCGACCGCAAUAAUUUUACAACUAAAUUACUGAUAUUCAGUUAAACAAUAGGUUUAUUGCGUUUACUACACUUCUAAAACAAUAUAAAUCACCAAGCAAUGUAAAAAAUAUCAAACAAAACAACGGAUGUCAGUGGAUAAUAAGUUGGUUACCUUGAACACAUGUAGUAGUUAGAUUUCAGAAUCCACCAUAUUGUCAGUGCUGCUAAACAUAAAAUUUACCUCUUGCCAGAGAAUUCACUUCAGACUUUUAUCUAAAAUUUACAUGAAUUUCCCAUAUCUACAAAAACAUAUGAAUGGUAGGGUUAUUUCUACAAACUGCAAAAUUUUCUUAGAUAUUUUUUUUUAUGACUGGUCGGUAACUGGUACGAGGUCGGCUAUUGGUGCGUUCACCCUAUUCACAUUGCUGCUGGUAAGGGGGUGUGCCCUCUAUAAUCACCGUUAUUUUAAAGUAACGGCUCCUGGAAAAUUGUGUAAAUAGAAAGCAAAGUGCACGAUUCAUACUGAGGGAAAAUUAAGCAUUUAAACUACUAGUUAACAACCUCCAUCCCAUUAAAAAAAAAAAAAAAAACUUAAAUAUUUUUGGUUAUAGUGUACAGGCGAGUGGGUUUGUGAUAACUUAAUCUGUUCUAGCCUACAUACAAAUAAGAUAACGAUAGUUGAAAUAUUAGUUAAUUUACCCAUUUCUGUUCAAAUAACCUUUAUUAAGUUCGUACCUUUAAAGGCCCGUCUACAAUAGUCCGAACCUGUGCGUGGUUCGUGUCCUUAUCCGAAUGUUAGUGACGUCACAUUGUCUCACCGAAAACUGCCCUGUCCACAAUUGCGAUGUCCGAUGUCCGAAUGUAUUGAUUUCUAAAGUUGCUACCAGAGCGCAGUAAAUGUGCCAAACAAAAUGUUUUUGUUUAUUGUUUUGAUGCUUUGUAGUUUGAAAUUGAACUUUUGAAAGUUGUGGGAGUUCAAUUUUAUAUAUUUAUUCAGUAAGGCAAAGUGGCAAAUGUAAAUGCUAAAAAAUUAACUCAUAUCACAGCAAUCGAACAGCACUAAUUUAAAUGUCGUCUUGCUCUUCUUGAAUUACAACACCUUCCAUUUCCUUCAAUAACAAAAACAAACACCACGUUUUCAAAUGGGAACCGGAAAUUCAAAUAUCGUGAAUGUUCUGUUCUUUUUCUGUGUCCGAAGUACACAGGUUGGGACAAAAAGUUCAAAUUGACGAAUGUCUUCGGACCAGGUAGGUUCGGACCUUCGCCCACUUGACGCAUGGCGUCAGUGUGUCACGUGGACCAAUCAGCUACGAGUGUCCUUCGGACACAGUUUAGGACAUUGCUAUUGUAGACGGGCCUUAACAGUGAAAUAAUCCGAUAAAUAGAUGUACUGUUGUUUUCAAUGCCAUCGUCCAUUGUAACAUAAUGACGAAAAUAAACCUUCGUAUAAAGCGUAAAUAAUGUAAACAUAAAUAUAGCCGAAACUAAUUUCCCUAAAUAACACUGCAGCCAACCUGUAAACUGUUAAAUGGAAAAUAAACUAAUUUUCUAACCCACCUAGCCAUCGCAUAUUUCGGGAUUCAUUCCUUUUUUUCUAUUACCAAAACACAAUUUUUCAUUUUGUAUGAUUACAUUUACGUUUCAUUUCGUCCACCCAAAAUGAUAAACUUGCACAUACACAUUGUUACCUUCUAAUAUUGGACAUUAAAAAUGGAGCAUUCUGCAUUUAAAGGCUGUGUUGUUUUUGCUCUAAUGUUUUGCUCUGCACAUAGGGAAUGGUCAUCUUUUGUUGUAACUUCAACUGUUCACACAAGGAAGAUUAUACACGCUUACUCCCUAAGUACUCUUAUAUAUAAUCAUUAUUUAGAUUAAAUUUAAAUUUCGUUCUCACCCCCCCCCCCCCCCCCCAAACAGGGUCCCGCCGGAAUCUACGCGUCGAACAUCGACAAAUGUGCCAAUAUAUUACCCUGCAUGGCGUUUACUCAUUCAGCUAUCUUCUUCAGACGCUAACACAUUUACGAUAAGUUACAGAUCACUUCUAAUGUUGACGUUAUCGUCUUAGUAGUCUGGAUUAGGCUUACUAGAUUUAUACCUACCCGGUUUUUUAAAAGGAUGUUUCUAGAGGUGAAGGCCGUGGGUUAGAAGGGACCGGCAGGCGCUAUUGGACGGCUUGCCUGUGGUGGAAAAGGAAGAGUGAAAAAAAAAAAAGGGGGGGGGGGCUACGAAGCUAGACUCGUGAUAAGCGCAUGGCCUCGCUCCAGCCAGCACGCAAACCAAAUGCUGAUAGUAUUCAGGCACGACCCUCCCACCGCUAUCUCCGACUCGUGCCGCCCCUGAAGUAAAGGGAGGCUCGCGGAAAAUUAUGUCCCCCCCCCCCUCAACCCUUUACUUCUCCAAACAAGCUCGAGGUAAUGCUUCCCGUCAGCUCUCAUUUGAUAGAUAGGUAGCUUUCGAUCUUCACUUCUCCUACCACUAUCAGUUUUGAAAUAACUCAUCAACGCUUGACUUUUUUUUUUUUUACUGCAGUACGGGGCGAUACAAGGCAAUGGCAAAACCCUUGGAUAUGCAUUUUAAAAGGCCGGGUUGAAAUUACUAUCCAGCAAUCUUUAUUUACGUUUUUUUUAUGGACAAACCCCCCCUUCACCAUUUUCAAAAAAAAAAAAAAAUUAAAAAUUCGUGACAACAAAUAGAUAAGCACAUGUCGCCAUACAAUGUAUGCUCGGAACUGAACCGACGAAACGCCGGAUGGCGGUACGCGCUGUGUUGUGAAAUGUUGAGGUACAAGACAGAAAGGGAUGGAAUGACAGGACGCCAGUGGAUUUUAAGGAAAACAAAAUAUUAUUCAGACACUUCCAAUCACACAAAUCCCCACAUCACAACAAACAACCUUCCCAAAAUUGAGGCCGCCAACAAUGACCCAGGCUUCGCACGCGUCUUGUGGAAAAACGUUCUCGGUACAGCAUUUGUGCUUCCCCUGCAUUGCCGUCCGCUAGGCAGGGCCGGAUUUAGAGGUCUGGAGGCCUCGGGGCAACAGAGGAGCGGAGGCCCCCUGGCCCCAAAUUAUUAUCCAAAUAAAAUGAACCAUUUUUUUUUUCAGUCGAGUUUUCCAAUAAAUAAUUUAUUGUGGAAUCAAAUAGAUUCUCUUAGUAUUUAAAAAACAUACAUAAAUAUAAUCGGAGACAAGAAUUAUAUGAAAUUAAAUUUUAGUGUUAAUGAAUAUUUCUGGUAAUAUUUAACAAUAAUAUAAUCAUGUAUGUACAAAGUACUGUAGGUAAAGGUAAAACAGCGAAAAAAUAAUAUCAAAGGAAAAGUUGUUUACUAGUGUUUACUUGUCGGAAUUUGAAAGAUUUUUUUUCCGAAGUCUCUAUUGUGGAGGCCCCGGGGCUUUCGCCCCGGUUGCCCUCCCCUACAUCCGGCCCUGCCGCUAGCCCGUGCAUGAGAUGCGUCUCGGCCUUCUCUUCGCUCGUGUGAGCAGCUGACCACCCAUAUCUCUUUUGAGAGCCACAGCACAAGCACUGCGCGUUUAUAUCGUCUGAUGGAACCCUCGAGCGCUUCACCGGUCGAAUGGUGUAUGCUCCUGCAGCAUGUUCUUCGUGAAAUACAUUUCUCGGCGUCUUACGUGUACACCUCUAAACGAGAACUACGUGCUAAGGCCGCGAGGAAAAUAUUUAUUUUUUAGUCUACAUGUAAAUGUAUUUUUUUUAAUUCGAGCUACGAUAUUUAGGAGGUGAUUAAAAACGAAAUUAUAGAUUAAAUAUUUGUAUCGGACUUCUCAACUUCCUAGAUUCUUAAUAUAAGGAAAGUGUAGCCUAGUGCUGUAAAAGUUUAGCAACAAGAUUAUAGUAAAAUAAAAAAAAAAUAUAAAAGUUGGAAAUGGUAAUUAGUAAAUAUAAAACUUGUAAAAUCAUUCAGCGCGAGUUUCCAUACUUGAGAGAGGAUAUACAUACAUUUUAAUUUAUAUCGGUUAUUAAUAAUUAAAAGCCAUUUAAUAUAGGUAAUUUUAAUUACCAAAUCUGCGCACUCCUCGAAUUAUAUUCUUACUAAUAUUAUAAAUGCGAAUGUGAGUUUGAUUGUAUGUUUGUUUGUUACGCUUUCACGCGGAAACUACUCAACCGAUCAUGAAAUUUUGUGCGCAUAUUUUCAAGGGUAUAGUAAAGGACAUAAGACACUUUUAUAUAAAAAAAAAUAUUUUUUCCGAAGGGCAAAAAAAAAUUGAUAUUGGUAUGUAUGAUCGUCCGACUGAGAGUUUGAGUAAUAUGAAUGAAAUUUAACGCUAUCUGGAGUUUCAAUAAGUAAAUUAAAUAAUUCGCCAAUCUAAUACUGUAAUACCGGCGGUCAAUUCACUAUUCCACAUUUAUUUUUAUUUUUUCUGUAACCGCCAAGCAAUACUUAAACAUUUUUUUAAUUUUUGAGGUUAGGUGUCUGUUUAUUUUCUUCGGUGAUAGUUGUUUGGAUGUUGAUGCUGAAGGUUAUAUUUUACUUUCAAGAGAAUUUUGUAAUUUAGUAGAAAAUGAUGUGGAUCUUAUUACUCAAGUUUUCCCGGAUUUGCAACAAAAUUUUAUUAGUGAUCAGUGGUUGUGCGCAAGAGCAAUAUUGGCGCCAAAAAAUGAUAUUGUUAAUAAAUUCAACACUUAUAUUUUAAAAGAGGUGCAAGUGGAAAUUGAGUAUUUGUCAAUAGAUACAAUCAAAGAUACAGAAGAAAGCACUUCAUAUUUUGCGGAGUUUUUAAAUUUACUUGAACUUUCGGGUGUACCCUCACAACUCACAUAAACUUCAAAUGAAGCUUACCUAAUAUACAAGUUAUGCUUAUGCAAAAUCUAGAUUCUCCUCGACUAUGUAAUGGAACGAGGCUUUGGAUCACACAAUUGGGGCAGAAUAUACUUGGUGCCACUAUUUUAACAGUUGUCGGUAAAAGAAAAAGUGUUAUCAUACUUCGAAUUCCAAUUAUCCCCACUGAUAUACCGUUCCAAUUUAAAAGAGUUCAGUUUCCCGUCAGGCUUAGCUUUACUGUUACCAUUAACAAAGCGCAAGAGCAAACACUGCCGAUAGCAGGGGUGCACUUGGAAAAACCAUGCUUUUUCCAUGGCCAAACUAUAUGUAGCCUGUUCGCGUGUGUCCAAUGCCCGAAAUCUAUACACAUAUUUGCACCGGACGAAAAAAAACAAACAUAUAACAUAGUAUACAGGAGCAUCCUAGAAUAAUACUUAGAUUUAAGCUCUUUGAAGGAAAAAAU